AACCAAGCAAGAAACAAAAAGAAAAAGGAAAAAUAAAAAUGAAAAAGAAAAUAAAAAAAACCGCAUUGCUGAUUCCUCCAUCCCAUCGUAGAAAAACCAAACCCUCCUUUUCCUCCUUCGAUAUCUUCAAAGUAUAAUAUUUCUGUUUUUCUUCUUCAUUUUCGCUAAAUCGCCGCUUCCUAGAUCUUUCUCUUACGAUCCAAACAAGGCAGUCGACUAAUGGAGAACUUGGCGCAGUUAGAAGCAUUAUGCGAGAGGCUAUACAAUUCGCAGGACUCGGCGGAAAGAGCUCAUGCGGAGAACACUUUGAAAUGCUUUUCGGUGAACACUGAUUACAUUUCGCAAUGCCAAUACAUUCUUGAGAAUGCUUUGACUCCUUAUGCCUUGAUGCUUGCUAGUUCUAGUCUUUUGAAACAAGUUACCGAUCAUAGCCUGGCUUUGAAUCUUCGCCUCGAUAUCUGGAGUUAUAUUUUCAAUUAUUUAGCGACAAGAGGACCGAAAUUGCAGCCGUUUGUCACUGCAUCUUUGAUUCAGUUGUUAUGCAGAGUGACGAAAUUUGGGUGGUUUGAUGACGAGAGAUUCCGCGACGUGGUUAAAGAGUCGGCUAAUUUCUUGAGCCAGGGAACUUCAGAACAUUAUGCCAUUGGUUUGAAGAUACUGAAUCAACUUGUCUCUGAGAUGAACCAGCCAAAUCCGGGGUUGCCAUCAACACAUCAUCGAAGGGUAGCCUGCUCAUUCAGGGAUCAGUCACUUUUUCAAAUAUUCCAAAUGUCUUUAACAUCAUUGCGCCACCUGCAAAGUGAUGUUGCAAGUCGACUACAAGAGCUGGCACUUUCUCUUGCACAUAAAUGUUUAUCCUUUGAUUUUGUUGGGACAUCAAUUGAUGAAAGUUCGGAAGAGUUUGGUACUGUUCAGAUACCGUCAUCUUGGAGGCCGUUAUUGGAGGAUUCUUCAACACUUCAGAUAUUUUUUGAUUAUUAUUCAAUUACUAAAGCUCCUCUUUCAAAGGAGGCAUUGGAAUGCUUGGUAAGACUAGCAUCUGUAAGACGUUCUUUAUUUGUAAAUGAUGCUGCACGGUCCAAGUUUUUGGCUCAUUUAAUGACAGGAACAAAAGAAAUUCUCCAAUCAGGACAAGGUCUUGCUGAUCAUGAUAAUUACCAUGAAUACUGUCGACUUCUUGGACGUUUUAGGGUAAAUUAUCAGUUGUCAGAGUUAGUGAAUGUGGAGGGUUACAGUGAUUGGAUACGAUUGGUAGCUGAAUUCACUCUGAAGUCUUUGCUGUCCUGGCAGUGGGCAAGUAGUAGCGUAUACUACCUAUUGGGGCUAUGGUCCAGAUUGGUUUCAUCUGUUCCUUAUUUGAAAGGUGAUGCGCCAAGUUUGCUGGAUGAAUUUGUUCCUAAGAUCACUGAGAGCUUUCUCACAUCAAGAUUCAACUCUGUACAGGUGGGAUUUCCAGAUGACCUUUCUGAAAAUCCAUUAGAUAAUGUUGAACUGCUUCAGGAUCAGCUGGAUUGCUUUCCUUACCUCUGCAGAUUCCAGUAUGAAAGCAGUGGCUCGUAUAUAAUAAACAUGAUGGAGCCUGUCCUGCAGUCAUACACGGAAAAAGCACGAUUGCAGACCUGUGAUAAAAAUGAUCUCUCUAUUAUUGAAGCUAAACUUACUUGGGUUGUUCAUAUUAUUGCUGCCAUUCUUAAGAUAAAACAAUGUACUGGCUGCAGCAUGGAGUCACAAGAAGUACUUGAUGCAGAACUCUCUGCUCGUGUUCUGCAGUUGAUAAAUGUCACUGAUAGUGGAUUGCACAGUCAGCGGUAUGGUGAGGUUAGUAAACAAAGACUUGAUCGAGCAAUUCUGACUUUCUUUCAGCAUUUUCGCAAGUCCUAUGUUGGUGAUCAAGCAAUGCAUUCCUCCAAGCAGUUAUAUGCCCGUUUAUCCGAGCUGCUUGGACUCCAUGAUCACCUGUUACUAUUAAAUGUGAUUGUUGGGAAGAUAGCUACAAACCUGAAGUGCUACACAGAGAGCGAGCAAGUCAUUGAUCACACGCUAAGCUUGUUCCUGGAACUGGCAUCUGGAUACAUGACUGGAAAGUUGCUUCUGAAGCUGGAUACUGUUAAAUUCAUAAUUGCAAAUCAUACAAGAGAGCAUUUUCCUUUCUUAGAAGAAUAUAGAUGCUCUCGUAGCAGGACAACAUUCUAUUACACCAUUGGGUGGUUGAUUUUUAUGGAGGACAGCCCUAUCAAAUUCAAGUCUUCAAUGGAGCCACUUCUGCAAGUCUUUGUCAGCCUGGAGUCAACACCCGAUGCAGUAUUUCGUACUGAUGCGGUUAAGUAUGCUUUAAUUGGAUUAAUGAGGGAUCUUAGAGGAAUUGCAAUGGCCACAAACAGUCGUAGAACAUAUGGUCUUCUAUUCGACUGGCUAUACCCUGCGCACAUGCCACUUAUCUUGAAAGGCAUUACUCACUGGACUGACACACCAGAGGUUACCACUCCGUUGUUAAAAUUCAUGGCUGAGUUUGUCUUGAACAAAGCACAACGCUUGACAUUUGACUCAUCUUCUCCUAAUGGGAUUCUUCUUUUCCGGGAAGUCAGUAAACUAAUUGUGGCAUAUGGGACAAGGAUUUUAUCUCUUCCUAAUCCUGCUGAUAUAUAUGCCUUCAAGUACAAGGGAAUAUGGAUUUCACUAACUAUUCUGGCAAGAGGUCUUGCUGGAAAUUAUGUGAACUUUGGUGUUUUUGAACUCUAUGGUGAUAGGGCACUCUCCGAUGCACUCGACAUUGCUCUAAAGAUGACAUUAUCAAUUCCUUUGGCCGAUAUAUUGGCAUUUCGGAAGCUAACGAGGGCGUACUUCUCAUUCUUGGAGGUUCUAUUCAACAGCCACAUUAACUUUAUAUUGAAUUUAGAUGCAGCAACCUUCAUGCAUAUUGUUGGUUCCCUUGAAUCUGGUCUUAAAGGCCUGGAUAUAAAUAUCUCAUCGCAGUGUGCGGCAGCUGUUGAUAAUUUGGCUGCUUUCUAUUUCAACAACAUAACUAUGGGGGAGGCACCCACUUCACCUGCUUCUGUCAAACUUGCCCAGCAUAUUGCAGACUGUCCUAGUUUGUUCCCACAAAUAUUGAAGACCUUAUUCGAGAUAGUUUUAUUUGAGGAUUGUGGCAACCAAUGGAGUCUUAGCAGGCCUAUGUUGAGCUUAAUUCUUAUUAGUGAGCAGAUAUUUGCUGAUCUCAAAGCUCAAAUUUUGGCUUCACAGCCUGUGGAUCAUCAUCAGAGGCUCUCCAUUUGUUUUGACAAGCUUAUGUCUGAUGUUACACGAAGCCUAGAUUCAAAGAACAGAGACAAAUUUACCCAGAAUCUAACUGUAUUCAGACACGAAUUCCGUAUCAAAUAGCUAAAGCAAUGUGCUCUUUAAGUAACCCUUCUUUUCUAUUUUUCUGCAAAAGAUGUUCAACAGACGGGUGUGAAUGUGGGAAGGGAAGCAUCUUUUUGCUGCAUUGUGUUUGGUUUUCUUGCCUGAAGUAAAAAGAUCAGACACUUUUCUGAAGUUGAUGGGAAAGUUGUGUGAAAACGGUAUUGGUGGUAUUGUAUAGUUUGCUAUACCGGAAGGCGUUAUGGAAUGUUACAAAAGGGUUUUGCCAAAGUGCAUACGCAUGUAGGAUAUCUGACAUUCAUAUGAUAGGGAAAUGGCGAUUCUGCAUCUAGCACAUCAUUCUUUUGAAACAUAUAAUGUAAAAUCAUUUGGGGCUUGUAUGUUUUGGAGAUGGAUCAUGUUUAUGCGACCCCAAGAAAAGAAAAAUAGGUAAGGAAAAGUAAAGUAACUCUAGUAUGAAGUUGUUGAUGCUUUUGUACAUUAACACCCACAUAUUCUUUCUACUUGUCGAUAGCUUAAAGAAGAAAAAAGGAAAUUCCUCGAGGUUGGUUGUUUUUUGUUCUCCGAUUCUACUUGAAUCAAGACCGUUUUGAAGCAUAUCUCUAGGUUCUUAUCAGCUUAUGUCAGAAAUUGUAUUUCCGAUACAUUAUUUGUUUGCCUGCACAUUAUACACCUUAUGUUACGGUCCAGCUGACGACCAUUGUUGUCAUCCUAUUAUUGUGUACUGUCUGUUUUGUUUUCCAUUGUAAUACCGCGUGUACAUUGUACUUAAUUGGCACAUAGCCAGCUUAUUCAAGUAUUGUUCUUUUUUUGAAA